CAGAUUGCUCUGCCCCAGCCGGGAGCAGGAGGAAAGGCCCAAUGCCCCCUGCUGCCUGUCCCACCGGCUCCAGGGCCGCUCCUCUGGGCAAUCAUUAAUCGCAGCCCUCCAAACAAUGCAGGAAACAAACAAACAGCCAGGAGAAGGCCAGCACUUCCCAGCCCCUCGGGGAGCUGGAGCAGGCAGUGCCGACCGGUUCCCUGUGGUGGCAGCUUGUUCCACUGCCAGCACCUGACCCAGGCGGGGCCUUUGCCUUGGGAAGGUUGGGUGGGGCGGCAGAAGGAGCUGGCCAGGGAGGCAUGUAGGCUGGGGAAGGAAUUCCAGCCGGUGGCUCGAAGGCUUUCAUCUCCUGGAGCCAUGAAGCACCGGGCCUUUUGGACUGCACUGGAAUACACCUGCCGACUGCUGGGCAUCUCCACGGCAGCAGUGCUGGUUGGAGUGGGAGCGGAGACCCUGCAGCGCGGGCAGUUCCAGAGCCUGGCUGUCUACCUGCUUUUCUCAGGGGCAGCGGUUUCCAUCUGCGAAGUCUCCUUCUUCGUCAGCCUGCUCCUGGGCAUGUGUAUCAGCUACCAGCCGGGCUCCCUGGCACACACCUUCUGGAAGCGAACCACACAGCCAGCAAGCUUCCAGAAAUUCCUGGGCUAUGUGCUGCUCUCAGUAGCCUGCUUCCUGCAUCCCGUCCUGGUCUGGCACGUCACCAUCCCUGGCUCCAUGCUGGUGCUGACUGGCUUGGCCUACUUCCUGCUGAGCAAGCGGAAGAAGAGCCCGGUGCUCCGGGAGGCGCGGGGGCCACUGGAGCAGUAUGUGGACCCCUGUGCCACGGCUGCAACCUCCACAGGCAGUGGUGACACUGAGCAGACCUUCACCUUUCCCGGGGGGCGCCGAGAGCAGCGCGCCUCCCUGCUCGGCCAAAUGAAGAGCAUCCUGAAGGGCAGUGAGGACAAGAGUGCGGGCUGGCUGGCUGAGCCUGCCCCAACCCCGCCCACCCCUGCUCCGCCCACCCCGGCCCCGGGCAAGCAGGUGCACUUCCAGGAGAAGCUGGUGAGGAUCAUCCCCUCUGUCAGCGAGAGCCCGGAUGAAGCGGAGAGUGAGGCUGAGGAGACCACGUCCGACACAGCCCCAAUCCUCGGGCCCAUAGAGACCCCGCUCCUUGUCACGCCCCUCAGUGCCACAGGUCUGUUCUGAGCGCUCACCCACCUCGUCCGCAGCCUGGGGCGAGUGGCAGCAGCCUGGAGCUCCCCACCUGCUGGCCCAGGGCCUGGCCUUAGGGCUCAGACAUGCUCCCCCUGCAGCCUAGGUGCCACGGGCAGAGCUGACCCAUCUGGAGCAGGGCAGCCCCCGCCAGGUGGGGUCCUGGUGCCCGAGAGCCCAGCCAACCCCCCACAACUAACACUUGCUGCUGCUGACUGGAAGGCGGGGCUGGCGGGUGCUGUGCCAGCUCCUGGGGCUGGCUGCAGCACUGGCAUUCAGGGAGCUGUCCUGGCUACUCACCUGCUGGGGCUGGACCAACCUCUGGGCAAAGCCCUUCGGUUCCCAUCUUUAUCUGGUAGAACGGUUCCUGGGACUUUAUCAAUGUGUGUUCCAAACCCUGCAAACAGGGCAAACAAAUCCACUUCCUAGUUUUCUGGGUAAAUAUCAGGGUUAAUUCUGCGGUGGGAGCGGGGGAUGGAGAAAGAGCACAAAAUCAAGCCCAGUUAGAGUGGUGAAGUGACAGCCCUUCCAUGCUGUGGUUUAGGUCGUGAGCUGUACAUCAGCUGUGUCUGUCUGUCUGUCUGUCUUUCACUCCAUUGCCUUCCUUUAACAGACAGCCUCACAUUCACACUGCGCUUAACUUACUAUCAACAGAGAGGCGUCUGCUAGUGGGAUGGGUUGGAUUUUCUUAACCUAAUCACUAUUUCCAUGUACUUGAGUGGUCCAAAAUUCAGAUGAAAAUCAGUUAAAACCAAAUAAUAGCUUUGGUGAAACCCUGGGCGCCCCCCCACCCCCCGCCACACACACACACGCAUACUCGCCAUGGGAUCCUGGCAGGCUCUGGCCAUGUGUCAGUACCCCCUGGGCACCUGCCAGCCCCGCUCCGGCCCCACCCCCGUGGGAUCUAUGCAGGCUCUGCCCCCGUAGACUGAACCAGGCUCUGCUCAGCGUAUUUCCAGGACAGCGAAGCCUUCGCUCUCAGACAUUUUCCAGCCGCUACAUGGACAUCUGCUCAGUGCUAGGCAGUCGGUACCAGCAGAGUGUCAGCAUCCGCCCUGGUCCCCCACCCUGCUGCUGUGUGACUAGCCCUGGGCCAUGCUCCCCAGCCAGCUGGAUCUAACCCCCAGCCCCAUGGGCCUUUGGCUUUCUCACAGCAGCAUCGCUGGUAAACCACAGGGAAUGGAGCCAGCCUAGGGCCAUCAGAUGCCAUCUCCCACUGCUCCCCCCAGGGGCAGCUGUGGGGUCAUGCGGGAACAAGGGACACAGCACUCCCAUCAGCCUGCUGUUUGUAGGAGAGAGCUGGUUGCCUUAGUCCCUGCAGCCAUCCCCCCUCCUCCUGUGUCCUAGAGCAUGGCCCUGGGACAGAGUGGGGUGGGUCCAUCUUCCAGCGCCAAGGUCUGCCCUGCCCUGCACAGCCCAGGGGAGCAGCACCUCCAGGGAUAGGAACUGGGGACUGACGACCAGGGUCCAGCCUGGGUUUGGUCACAGAGAUCCCCUUGGGACUGUCACCUGAUGUGCUGAAAUUACCUCUGAGCCCAUUUUCCCUGCCAGCUUGGGACUCCAGAACCCUGCCUUGUUGAGCCAAACAUGCAAGCCUGCUGCAACACGGACCCAGGAUCUGGGCCAUGCCCCCAAAGCUGCAAACUUUAACUAAAAACAGUUCAGCAGGUUAUUUGUUUCCAGCACCCAGACACCCAGCUCCCAAUGGGAUCCAAACCCCAAAUAGAUCCAUUUUACUCUGUAUAAAGUUUAUACAGAGUAAAUUCGUAAAUUGUCUGCCCUCUAUAGCACUGAUAGAGAGAGUUGCACAGCUAUUUGCUCCCCCAGAUAUUAAUCACUUACUCUGGGUUUAUUAAUAAACAAAAGUGAUUUUACUAAGUAUAAAAAGUAGGAUUUAAGUGGUUUCAAGUAAUAACAGCCAAAACAAAGUAAGUCACAAAGCAAAAUAAAACAAAACAUGCACGUCUAAGCCUAAUACAUUAAGAAACUGAAUACAGGUAAACCUCACCCUCCGAGUUGUUCCAAUAAGCUUCUUUCACAGACUAGACUGAUUCCUAGUCUGGGCCCAAGCCUUUCCCCUGGUACAGUCUUUGUUAGAUCCAGCAGACAUCUCAGGUGGUAAGCAGGGGUUUUCUCAUGACUGACAGUCGCUUACUGGUGGGCUGCUUUAAAGUCGAUGCCCAAAUGCGGGGAAGUGCAGGCGGCUGUCGACCUCUCUCCAGUGAACUGGAGCAGUGCAGAGUCAAAGCAAUGAAAGCCCGUAUCCAUAUGAAUGUGCAGAGGAUGGAAGAGCCAUGGGUCGGCUUGCCUCUGGGAUGGAACAGCGAAGUUUGGGAAAUACAAGAAGAAGCAAAAAGCAUCCAGCGCCAAGGGAUCACAGGGUGCACCACCCUGCGAGCCUGUGAAGGUCAGGUCCCCUUGUCCCCAGGGCUGGAGAUGCCGGUACCUUGAUGUGAGUAAGAAAACAGCUUCAUCAAAGAGUGUAACUGGCUCCAAUGAUGUUUUUGUCACCAGAUAGUGGGUGGAGUUUGGUUUGGUGGUGACCAGCCCUGGCGCGUCUCCCAGCUUGGUAUCACUCACAUCUCUGCUCUUUGUGAAUAAACUUUGCCUUGGUUUCCCUCCCAA